CAUAGCCUUUAGAUCCCCAGUCUGAGUCAAAGGCGCACUCUAUUCAUUAUACGAGAUGUUAGCUACUGCGCCGUAUUUCAUCUCAGCACUGCACGUAGGGUCUCCGCUAGACAGCUGGAUCCAGCUACUCAUUGUAGUCUUCAACCCGUGCUGGUAUGCAUGACGUCAUGUGCCGCCGGUAGAUGGUAACUCAGCCUAAUUCAGUUGAUGUUGUAUAAAUCAUAUACCCUCGGUAGCGCUAUACAACGAUAUCUCUUCCAAAGUCAAGCACAAGUGUUGGAAGCCUCACCGCACAAUCAUCCGGACAGUGCGCGAACAUGGCCAACACCACAGCAUUCAACGUCCUCGUCUUCAGCAAGACCACAGGCUACCGUCAUGACUCUAUCCCAGCUGGUAUCCGCAUGUUCCAAAAGUUAGCCAGCGAUACGAACCUCUUUAAAGUCACAGCUACUGAAGACGCCUCGCUGUUCACUUCGUCUUCUCUCGCGCAAUAUCAAGUCAUCGUCCUCCUGCAAAACAUCGGCGACGACAUCUUCACCCCAUCCGAAUUAGAAGCUUUGAGAACCUGGGUGAAGAAUGGCGGCGGUAUCGUAGCUAUUCACGGCGCAGCUGCAGCUAUGCAAGGGAACGAAUACUACACGAAACUGAUCGGAGCAAGUUUCGACAUGCAUCCCGACCCUGAACCCGGUACCAUCGUUCCCGAAGAGUCCGGCCAGAAACACCAGAUCAUGAAUUGCUGUGGCGGGCGUGAGGGCUGGAAGGAUGAAUGGUAUAACUUCCACGCUCAUCCGAGGGCGAACAAAAACCUCCAGAUCUUACUGAGAGGUGAUCCGAAGACGUUUCAAGGAGGCAAACAUGGGGAUGAUCACCCUUUGGCAUGGUGUCAGGAGUUCGAGGGUGGCAGGAUAUUCUUCACGGCUUUAGGUCAUUUCGAUCAAGCGUACGAGGAUCCUUGGUUUAUUGGACAGGUCAAGAGAGGGCUGCUGUGGGUAACAAGGCGAACAGAGGUUUAAAGUGAGAGUAUGUGAAUUGAAACAUUGUCAUCUGAGAUGGUUGCCAUCUUUAUCGUUGACUUGGCGUCAUUCCCGUCCUUGGUCCAUCGCUUUGAGUCUGAUGGCGGAGUCAACGCGAAUGAACAUCGUGGACCCAAUAUCGAGAUGCACGCCAUCGCAGAUACAAUCAAAUAACGCCGCACGCCUGAUCCAAGACUCCGAA